AUGAUCACUAAGGCGGACGGGCAGCACACCGUGACGGUGGAGAUGUUGCAGAAAGCUGCGAAGAUCAAAGCCUCUUGCCGAACUAUACUACGGGCCUUGCAUGAUCGAGCGCCACAUCUUCUUCCGGAAGCUGCGAGACACAACCGUUAUCACACCGGAGAGUAUGUGAGGGACCGUUUCAAGUUCGCGAAGAAGUACCGCAGCAAAACGGGAACCUGGUGGGCGAACCGCCUUGAUGCCUUCAUGGAGGGAAGCACUGCAAGGUUUACCUCAACAGCAAGGAGUGACUUCGAGCGGCACAGCACAGCACCUACGGCAGUGACUGUGCACGAGGUCGUUGAUGGUCGCUGGAGCGAUCAAGCUGCCGCAAGCUUCUAUCGCGUCCUCGCCCGGGACUUGGCGAAAGUGUCGCCCGGAAAGCACAAGUUCACCAUUUUGGAGGACAGCGACCCGACUGGGCACAAGUCCGCCAAUGGCAUCACUGCCAAGCGUGUCAAUAAAAGGCUUCGCAAGCAGGAGAUCAAGUUUCCCAAGGGCAAGAAGGAGACACGUGCGUCCUACGUCAAGCGCUUGAAGCUCACGAUCCGCUCCCUGCAGGAAGAGUUCUUGCUCAGCAGCAUCAAGGACAUGGCCAGGAUCGCCUCGAUGAAGUACCGCACACCGAUGAGUAAGAACGGGGCGACGGUUGACGAGCACGAUGCUGGUGUUGCUGUUGGUGGUGAUGACACUUCCAGGAUG